CAAAGUUUGAGCGUUGCCAUCACGAACCCCGGCGUCCUGCUGCUCCAACUCGGUUGAUCAUGUCUUCUUCCCCCGUAUCUGUGCCUCUCAUUGAGCUGCAGAGCUCCAGGUUCUUCCAUCCAGAGCCUUUGAUGGUUCCGCUGCUGAUCCAGCGCUACCCACUGGCCACGAACAGACGUCGACUGCUGCGCUGGAGCUUGGAGGCCUUGAUACGUUCCAUACGACAUGGGGUCGUAGUGCUCCUGACGCGCAUGAGUAUCACGAGGAUACCAUGAAUACCUUUGCGGAGGCAUGGAGGGAUAACCCGGAAAUGGCUGCUGUCGAGCCUGUUCCUGCUGAUACGGAGGCAUCCUCGCAUUGUUCUGUUGAGUAUGUGGAGGACGCUGCACGUCUCCAUUUCGACCACACUCAGCGUUCUCCUUUCCCUCCUCUGCAUAGCCAAACGGCGGUGCAGUCGCUGCAUUGCGUGCAGCGGCCUCUUCAUCGGGCGUCCAGGUCCCCGGAUACCGCUGCCAUGUCGCCAUAUUUGGGCUCUCGCUUCUGGCAAGCUGAUUUUGUCUCGUUUUCAGCCAAUCACAUGUCGAAUCGCAUGUUGAAGUGGUUUGAUAACCGUUGCGAGUGCAUAUUCGUCUAUUAUCUUCUUGGUGAUCAUGGAUCUCCUGGUGGAGUUCAUGCCCGACAUGGGGGGGCGUCUUGGCCGCCCAGGAGAACGCGCUUACGUCUGUGAUCUCCACAUUAGUCUCUCAGCUGCAGCAAUUAGCGGCGACGAACGAGCGUCAAUUGCAGCGGAUGGCUCAGCUCGAGUCCUCGCAACUCUCCAUGCAACAAACGAUCAAGGAGCUGCAGGAAGCUCCAGCACCAGCUCCUGUACUUGUCGAGUCUCCAGCUCCUGUGAUUGUCGAAGUGCCGGUGUUUCAACCAGCGCCACCUGAUACUUCGAUGCUGGACGCUAUGGCGACGUUGGCGACGAAGAUGGAGCAACUACAGCAGAAUGUGGAGCAACAAGUGGCGGAGCAGAUGCAGCAAGUACUGGUGAGUCUACAGAGCUUCCAGAUCCCUCAGCCGGUCGACGAUGCUCCAGCAUGGGCCUCGUUAGAGCUGAAAUUCCGAGAAUUGGACGAGAAGUUGAGCGUCCAGAUUGGAGAACUACGCAGUGAGGCAACGGACAGUUUAGCGGAGAAGACGAAGCAAACGGAGGAAGCCGUGAAGAACCAGUUGGAUCAACUUGAAAAGCGGUUCGAUUACCUGUCGAGGGUGAAGAUGGAGAUCAAGGAGCUCACGCGACGAACCGAUAAACACGAGAAGAGUAUUGAGGACAUCCGGAUUGGACUCGAAGUGCUAGCGAAAUCACUCGGAAGUGAUGAUGUUGACUCAGAAACCAGCGAAGACGAAGCUGCAGAGGAGCAGGAAGUAUUGGAAUCAGAAGAGGAACAGGAACCUCAACCUGUUGUCCGGAAAACUGCACUCCACUCUAUCCCAGUGAUUCGAUCUAGCCAGAACCUCAUCAUUGAGGCUGAAGUCAAGCCAGAAGAACCUCAAAUAGUGCAGCAAGAAGAGCCUCAACCGAAUGCACAGACCAAAGAAGAGGAGGUUGUGCACCCUGACGUUCCAGAACCUCCUCAAGCAGAGGCACCCGCUAGUCACCCGCUACGCGCAAAGUCCAUCGCUCAAAUCUCAAGGCUUGUGAGACGUUCUCUACGACGAUCUCUCCGCGCUAUGGAGACUACCCCAGUACCGAUUGAGCCUUCGAUACCAGAACCAGUUAUCGAGCAACCAAUCGAGGAGCACGAGGCAGCCCCAGCAACGCCAAUAGUUCAGUCUCCACGCCAGCAAUCAGAAGGGGAGCGCACUACCGAGACUGUUGUUAUUCCAGAACGCGAACCUGUCAGUGUUCCUACGACCCCCACCAUUCCAGAUAUUAAAGAACAUCAAGAAGUGACACCGGAGGAACCUGUGAAAGAAGAAGCAACUGUUGAGAACAAUGAGAAGGAAGAAGUGCAAGAAGCUGUUCAAGAAGAAGAGUUACCGCAGCAGUAUCGUUCCCAGUUAGCCACCCAGCAAAAAGUCAUGGACGAUCAGGUGGAGCUCUUCCGUGCUUCCUCCUCAAAAAACCUGCUGCGUCCUACCACCACUACACCCGUCGUACGUACACGACGUCAGCGCCGCUCGACGAAUCCCCGUAAGGCGUCAGGCGUCCAACCUACCGACGUGCCAGUAACCCACGAGCCACCGACACUUCCCGCCCAGAGAUCCGCCACUCCUCCAUCGACUGCAAUUGUUGAGCCACGUCCCCCUUUGACCAAGGCGAGAAUCAAAGAGCUGUGGAUGUGGUUACUCGGUAAACUCGUACGUUUACAGCGACUUCGUCAACUGAACGGCAUCAACGCAGAGAAAGCGCUUUUCCGUCGACAGCAGAUGUCCAUGGGCUCUCGAGUUAAGCGCCUUGAAGAGAACACUGCUCGCUUGGAUGAAUCGCUCGAGUACCUGGAACGCCACGUACAGGACAACAGCUCUGCAAUCAACGCACUGGACGGAAGCAUCGCAGAGCUUCAUCCCGUACUGGAUCGAGUUCAGAAGAUGGAACGCGGACAGAAAACGCAGGCACGAACGAUCGUCGAUGUGGAGGAAAAGCUGCAAGAGAUCGACGUCGAAGUCCAGCGAUUGCGGACUUCUGUGCUCCGGAAUAACUCCGUAUCAACGAAUGUGACGAGUGCUGUGACCAAUGCGAUAUCAGCGCAACUCCAGGACGUAACAGCGAAGUUUUCGCAACACACUUCAGCGUUCGAGGCCUCCGAGAAGCUGUUAACACAGGUCAGCGAGACGGAGAUCCCUGCACUCCACGACAAGAUCGAGCUCUCGCUGUAUACCAUUCGUCAAGAGGCUGAACAACGUACCAAAGAGGCUGCGCAAGAACUCCAGAAGAUAGUCGAACAACUGCAGACUUCGCAACGCAAGUCGGAUGGACGCUUGCUUGUGCGUAUCACGGACUUCUGCAACCGCAUCUAUCAUACUUUACUCGGAAUGAGCGGCGCAAUGCUGCAGUCUGUUGAGCUUGGCAAGAGCGAACAGUCCUCCAAGACUUCAACACGCAGUUCUCUCGAUGUGGGUAUUGACUUGCUGCACGGCAUCUUCACUCACUUUAUCACCAACUGCGAGACUAUUUUACCACAAGAUACUGGAUCGGAGAUCGAGUUCCUGAUCGAAACGUCCAAGGAUUUCCAGCAACAACUCGAGAAACUCAAGGGCCAAGCAGCGAUAGCAAGAGCAGCAGCAUUUGCACUUGAAAUCAGCGGGAACAACGACACACACGGUAGUAAUCCCGUGCAGAACUCGAGCUUUGACGACCACCUGGUGUUCAUAACCACGACCAAGUUGAAAGAGCUGGAGGUCGCUCUGGUCACUCGAGAAACUCAGCGAGAUGACAGCCAGAUACCGGAAUUGAUGCUCUUCAUGCAGGAUGCAGUAGUCCAAGUGCGCUCAGUUCUCUUCUUGUUGCUGCUACACACCGACGCGAUCAAGUCACGUCUUCAAGUGGAAGAGCUGCGAUCCUCGCAUAACCAAGUGCAGAAUACAGUGGUGGAGCACGGUUUCGCUCUUGGCCAUCUCGAUUCGACCAUUGCACUCGUCAAGAUGAUGAACACACGUCUCGACUCGUUCAUGGAGCUGUCAUUCGCUUACGCCAAGGAAGAAGACGUCAAGAAAUCCAUCGAGGAGCUCAUGACUGCCAACAACGACAUGCGCGAUCUCCUUACAACCAGUCUGGAGGCGAAUCGCAGCGAGACAUUGGAGCGUGACGGACUGUUGGGUGAGGAGAUGAACCAGCUCAUUGCUCGAGUCAGCAAGAAGCUGGACAAGGACGAGCUGCUCUGGACCCAAGAAGUUCUCGAGCGACAAGUGCAGAAUGUUGCCAACUCGUCACUGGAUGAACACGAUCUCAUCGAUAUCCAUCGAAGACUGCGACGUAAAGUGGACAAGAACCAACUCAAGGCGCUCAUGCAAAGCCAAGCUGGACAGCUGGAGGCUGGAUCUCGAAGCGUGGCCAACACCGCCGAUGAAGGCCACAAGUCCGCACCUCUAGUAGGAGCCAAGUGCAUCUCCUGCCAAGGCGAGUUGCCACCAACCAAAGCCAUGAUCAAGAGUGUCGUCCGUGACGAAGUACACCAGGAACUGGCCAAAUCUCGAGCACAGAAAACGCCUCCUAGCACCUUCAACGCCUCCAAUCACCGCAAUCUCGAAACGUUCAAGAAAGAACUUCUGUUGGCGUCUCUGCAGAAGAAAUGAAGAGAAUGGAACCUACAACACAAACACAGUUGACGUCCAUUGCCCGAAUAAAUAAAAAAAAACAUAUCGCUCCA